AUGGAGCUUCAGGACACUGCUGCAAGCCGUGUGUCAAUUGGAUUUCCUCUGGGAUUAGCCCUUCUCUUUGUCUGCCUACUCUUCAUCUGUGGCUUCUUUUGCUGCUGCUUGCAUUGGAGUAAGCUUCAAUCUUUGCUUCAGUCUCAUGGUCUCAUCAGCACUCAAUCUUUGGAACAGACUCAAAUACAAUCAGAGUUAGCUUCCUCCUACCAGAAACCAGCUUUUCCUGUUGUGAUGAUGAAGCAGAAUUAUGCAAAGAGUUUGCCUGUGCUGAUGCCAGGGGAUGCUGUCCCUAAAUUCAUAGCCACAGCAUGCCCAUGUCAGCCUCCAAGAGAUGAAAGGAUCACAAUUCAUGUGCAGAAGGAACCACCCACUGAUUUUUGCAGUGGCAACUAA